AUGUCCUUCUCUGAGCCAUGCUGCCGAUGCUCCUUUGGGGAAUCGCUCACUUUGCUCCAUUGUGAAAGAGCGCCGAGCCUGGCUCUUGAGUCGUGAGGAGCGCGAUUCUGAGUUCAGUUGAGUGUACGAACUCUAGAGGAAAGAGGUUGCAUGUGAGAUCCAUGUCUCCGACUUUCCCGAUUUUAGCACGUCACCCAGUACUAGACCACCUGCUAGAGCUGAUGUUUCAUCCGACCCCCUGGCAGGUUGCGACCUGGCUGCUGUGGGAAGAUGAGGAGGCUAGACAGUGCCUCCCUUCACUGCUCUGCUUGAAGGCCCAAUACAGGUCGCGCAUUGCCUCCACAAACAGUCCUGAUACGCUCGAGAAAAAGGGCCCCUCUCCCGUUAGAAUACUGACCCUUGGGUCGAUUUCUCAUGAUCGAAAUGUCCUCUUUUCUGUUGUAAAAGCUUACGAGCCGAUUCAUCAUGGUGGCCCUUGCUGCGGGCCUAGAAGUGCCGGAAUGAAGCCUCCUUGCAUACGCGUCUUCACUAGAAUCCCAAGCAUGGCGCCCGAACCGGGUAAGGUGGCAAGAGGUCAGGCCAUACAUGCACACGCACGCACACCGGAGUCUGGGUGCGCACAACAACAGGCCGUCAAAAGAUGGUUCAGUCGACGAAGAAUAUCUUCAGAGUGUCCGACAUGAGUCUGGCACAACCCUGCCUGCCCGUAGAAGUUGUCUGGCAAUGCGCGACAAGGUUAAGAGACUUGAUCGGCUCGUUCGCCUGGCGACGGCUUGUUUGCGACCAUGCCAACAUGGAAACUUGUCCGUCGAGCGUGGAC